AUGACAGAUUGGGCACGGAAGCUAGAUGAUGCCCUAUGGGCAUAUCAGACAGCUUUCAAGACACCUAUUGGUAUGUCUCCAUAUCAAUUGGUGUUUGGAAAGGCGUGUCAUUUGUCAGUUGAGCUUGAGCAUGGAGCACUAUGGGCGUUGAAGAAGCUGUAUCUAAAUUGGAGCGAAACCGUAAACUUGAGACUAAAUCAGAUCAAUGAGAUGGAUGAGUUCCGUCUGAAGGCCUAUGAAAGGGCUGCACUGUAUAAGGAGAGGAUGAAGCUAUAUCAUGACAAGCAUAUUGAGAAAAGGAUAUUUACUCCUGGUGACUUGGUGUUACUUUUCAACUCCAGACUACGUCUGUUUCCAGGAAAACUGAGGUCUAAAUGGUCUGGACCUUUUAAGGUCACACAUGUUUUUCAAUCUGGUGCUAUUGAACUAGAAAAUGAGAAAGGCGAGAGGUUCAAAGCUAAUGGUCAGCGAAUCAAGGCAUAUUUGGGUGUUCCUGAGGAUGUGAAGAUUGUGGAGGAAUGUAAACUAGAUGAAGUCUGA